AAAGUUCAGUAUCAUACGUUACAUUCUGAAUUAGUUGAAUUGAAAUGUCUGACGAUUACGAUGAGGAAGAGGUUACAUUCAAGACGAACACUGAGAUUUCGAGCAAGAAAGCAAAUUAUGUGAUUGAUAAGUUGCUCGGUGAAGGUGGUUUUGGUGCGGUUUAUAAGGUUAAGGACUCAAAAACUGGAAACUUUUACGCGAUGAAAGUGGAGAAGAAGCAGGAGAAAAAGCCGUCAAAAUUGAAAAUGGAGAUAAUGAUUCUGAAGUUGGUCUGUAAUGAGCGACAAACAUCUCAUUUCACGAAAAUCAUUGAUCGUGGAAAAAAGGAUAAGGAGGGUUUCUUCUUUUUAGUGAUGGAGCUUGCUGGAUCUAGUUUGGCUGAUUUGAAGAGAAAUAGAGGAAAGGCAUUCACUUGUCCAACUGGAUUGAGCGUGUCUCAGCAAUGCCUGGAAGCUUGCGAAGAUCUCCACAAACAUGGAUUCAUUCACCGUGACUUGAAGCCUGCGAACUUUGCAUGUGGAGCUGACGAUAAACAACAUACCAUCUACAUCCUCGACUUUGGAAUCUCUCGAAGAAUCAUCAACAAUCAAAAUAAGCUGAAAACUCCUCGAGUUACGAUUCGCUUCAAAGGAACUCUGAAAUUCGCAUCUUUAUCAUGUCAUAAAGGAAUCGAAAUGGGAUGGAAAGACGAUUGUGAGAGUUGGUUUUACAUGCUUCUUGACUUGAUUGUUCCAUUUGGAUUAGUUUGGCGAGGAGCGAAUGACAAGGAUACUGUUUGUAAACUGAAAGAAGAGGCACGUGGAAAGAAGGAAAUGUUUCAAGGAAUCAAAUGCGGUGUAGAACUGAAUAAAAUCAUUGUUUAUAUUGAUAAGCUACAAUAUCAGGAUCACGUUGACUAUCAGUACAUCUACAAGACUCUCGUUGACGCAUGUGAUACUUGUGGAGGGAACAUGGAUGCACCAUACGAUUGGGAAUGAUGAUUUUUGAAAUGAUUCUUGGUUCAUAAAGCUGAAAUAAAGAACUAUGAAGUG